AUGAAUGUUUCUCUUAAAGACAUAAUUCCAAACAAAAACCCUUCAUAAUUCAACCUUAACAAAAUUCGCUUUAAAAUCUCUAAGAGAGUUGAGUCUUACUGUUAAUGCAAUUAGAGGAACUGUCUAAUUUGUGCUCGUAAACGUUCUUCUUCGAUGUUAAGCAUGAAAAACUCAAUAGUUGUAGAUGAGAAUUCUCCUGUUUCUAAACAAACUGUUGAAUAACCAAAGCCAAUUUAAUUAUUCAAUCGAUCUAUAUCUAGACAAUAAUUAAAUCAUUUGGGAAGAGCCUCUGUCAACAUCUCAGUCACUAAUACCACAACAAAUAAUUAUACCAGAACUAGAAAGACAUCAGUGGAAUCAUCACCUCCAAAAGAUAAUAGUAUCAUAUUUAGUUGUAAAAUAUCUAGUUAUUGGUAAACACUCUUUCAAAUAUCUAUAUGUAAUUGGAAAAGGAGGUUUCGGAAAAGUAUGGAGAGUAGAAAUGAAGGCCAAUAAAUUAGAGUUUGCUUUAAAAGAAAUGAUUAAAGCCAAGUAAAUCAAGAAUACAUUAACUCAAGGAUCAUAACUAAACGAUCAGUUAAUUCAGUCAUGAAUGAGAAAUACCUACUUGAGCAUCUCAAACAUCCCUUUCUUGUUAAUAUGCACUAUGCUUAUUAAGAUAGAGAAAAUCUUUAUUUAGUUCUUGAUCUUCUUAGAGGAGGAGAUCUUCGUUAUCAUAUUGGUAGAUAAAAGAGAUUCACUGAAGAAUAAACGAGUAAAUAUUUAUAUUUAUUCAAAACAGAGUUUUUUGUAUCUUGUAUCCUAUUAUCAUUGCAAUAUUUGCAUCAAAAUGGUAUUAUUCAUAGGGAUAUCAAACCUGAAAAUAUUGUUUUUGAUAAAGACGGUUAUCUUAGAUUAACUGACCUUGGAGUUGCUCGAUUAAAUAAAGAUUCUUCUCCUAGUGAUACUUCAGGAACUCCGGGUUACAUGGCACCUGAAGUAAUGUGUAGAAUGGAACAUUCAUUUCCAGUAGAUUAUUAUGCUGUUGGAGUCAUAGCAUUCGAAUUACUACUUGGAAAACGUCCAUAUAAUGGUAAAAACAGAUAGGAAAUCAGAGAAUAAAUAUUAGCAAAACAAGUUUAGAUGAGAGAUGAUAAAUUUUCAGUAAAAGUUUAAGAUUUUAUAAAUCGCGUAAAGAAUAAAAAUAAAUUAUAUAAGUUAUUGAUACGUAAACCUUAAUAGAGAUUAGGUGCAUAAGGUAUUCAUGAAUUAUUUGAGCAUCCUUGGCUAUGUAAUUACAAUUGGGGUAAAUUAUUAAAUAAAGAAAUAAAAGCACAAUAUAUACCAGGAGUAAACAUAUAAUAAUGAUUUAGAGCAUAGAUGGCAAUUUUGAUUACUAAAGCCAGAUAUCUGCUGAUUCUGAACCUUAGGAAGAAGCUUCAACUUUACUAAGAAGAAAGAGUGUUUAAUGUUUAUUUGAAGGAUAUAAAUAUUUUUGA